AACGACGCCAUUUGUUCAACGAUUGUCGUGUGUUCUGUAACGUGUAUAGUAAUAAAGAAUUGUUAUUGUUUAUAUUCACUAUACCGGAAGUACCACAAACAAUUUGACUCUGUAUGAUGCUGCCCUCUUUACCAUGAACUUCUUUCGAUCAUCAAUCAAACACUAUUAUUGUUAUAUAUUUAAUUGACAAAGAAACAAUCAUUUUAAAUUUAAAGUUAUUCUAAAUAAUACUAUAAAGUUGCAUUUGUUUUAAAUAUUCUUUUUUGUGAAAUAUGGCCGAAACUGAUAAUCUUCCAACUGUACAUAUUUCAAAUGGUUCCAAAAAUGUAGGUAUUUGUGGAAGUUGGAUAAAUAGUAACAAAAUCAGUAUAUAUAAUAACAGAAGAUUAAAUAAGAAGCAUGAUGAUAAGUAUGACCCAACGAUUCAUGUUUUAAGACCAGAAGUAAUUUUAUUUUCACCACAACUACGUAAAUUAGUAAACGAAAGUAAUGGUGUAUUCUUGUCUAUUCAAAAAAUUAAACAAUGUUCUGGAGACCUUAAACCAGAACUUUUGAAACAUAGCAAACAAUAUAGAUCCAUUUUAAGAGCUUGCAUAGAAAGUCUACAAGAUAUUUGUGGAAAAUCAGCAGAUAAAAAAGAAUCAUUAGAAAAUUUUCUUACAAUUUUCUAUCAAAUUGAAUGUGUAUGGCAUUUAACAGAAAUUCUGUAUAUAGAUGUAGUUCCAGGGGACGUGGUCUUACCACAAUUGCUAGAGUGGAUCAAAUUUCAUUUUCCAGCUAAAGAACUAAUAGCACUUAAAAUAUUAGCAGAAAAAACAAUUAAUGCUGAUUUAAAACAUCCAAAUUAUUGGGAAGCAGUAAUAGGCUGUGCAUUACAUGGAAGAAUAGAUUUAGUACGAGCUUUAUUAAAUUUACACAGUAAAUCAGAUCAUUCAGCCUUUAUUAUGGCAGAGAAUAUUCUUCAAACAAUGCCUGUAUAUAAUGUAUAUGGUGGUUAUUCUAUAAACGAAUUUAAUGUACGUUGGCAUCAUUGGCAACUCGAACUAUCUUCAAAUAUAACAAAUAAAGCCUUUUUGUUUGAUGUUGAUACUGACAAUAACUUGGAAAUGAUUAUGAAGUUAAUUGUAGGAGACCAAGAUGCAUUACAGCACUUUUCAAAAUAUACAGAUGCUUGGUAUGAAUUAUUAGCAGCAAAAUUAUUUUAUACAUCCCCAUGUUGCAAGAAACCUGAACUUUCGCAUCAUGCAAACAAUAUUGCUAAAGGAUGGCAUACCAAUAGGCCUUCUGAUAAUGCUAUACAUGCUUUAAUAGAAAGUAACUUACAUCAACUUAUUAAAGAAAUCCAAUACAUGGGUGACAAUGGAUGGUUUGCUGCUCAUUUAGUAGAUUUAUUGCAUACUUGUGGAAAACUGAAAAUAUUGGACAAGGAUCAAAUUGAGGUUACUAGUCAACUUCAUGAAUCCCUUAUAUUAGAAUAUGGCAAUACAUUAAUGAGUCAUCAUUCUUUAUGGCAAUGUGGUGCAAGUUAUUUAAUGCAUUGCCCUACUCAAGGUUUAGCAAGACUAGAAAUAUUGCUGCAGUCUUUACCAACUGGAUCUGAAGCAAGAUUAAACAAAAUAAUAAACAUAGCACGCGAUAACAAAAUGGAUCAUAUAGUCACAAGUAUGUGUAAAAUCCAAGGAAUAAAAUGUAUACAACAAGGAAGACUGGGAAAUGCUCUUGCAUGGGCAUUAAAAGCUCAAGAUGGUAGUUUUACUACAUAUAUUGCAGAUCAAUUUUUAAAACAUUACGCAGAAAAUGGAAAACUAGAAUGUCGAGAUUUAUUAGAAAAUUUAGGUUUUUGUAUGAUGGCCAGUGAUAGACUCACAUUUUUAGGGAAAUAUUGUGAAUUUCAUCAAAUGUAUGGAAUUGGAGAAUUUAAAGAAGCAGCAAGCUUAUUAGUAUCUCUUUUAGUUUCGAAUUUAACACCAAAAUAUUUCUGGUCAAUACUUUUAUCCGACGCUAUUCCAUUACUAGAAGCCAAAGAAGUAAUUUUAUCUUCCAGUGAUUGCUUCGAAUUGUUACGCUGUGUAGAAGCACAUGGAAAUGAUCCGAAAUUUCAAAAUGAAAUCGAAAUUUUUCGAUUGGCCGUUGCAAGAAACUUGGCCCGGGCGUUAAGUCUUGAAGGCUGUCAAGUGGAACAUUAGAAUGUUUAUUAAUAUUUAUAAUGUAAAAGUUUUUCAACAUUUUAAUUAAAAUAUUUCAUGUAUGAUCAUUAACCUACUUGAUUAAGUCGUAGUAAAUCAUAAGCACAUAUUGUAAACGUUAAUUUUGAUACAAAACAUUGAAUAUGAUUAUAUGAAUUUGUAAAUAAAUAAAUAUUUUU